AUGAACAAUAAUAAAUAUAUGGAUAUUUUUUCACCAGUUAAAUCUACUCGUAGGAAAAAUGUUUAUAUGGAAGAUGUUGAAGCAAACAACUCUUCAGAAACUACACCAUCCAGGAUGCUUACGAGUAUAAGUAAUCUAGGUUCUUUUAAUAGUAGUAGUAAUAAUGCCACUACUUCUAUUAAGGAUGUUAUUCUUGAAAAUGUUGUCAGCGAAUGUUUGGAUGACUUUAAAACCACAUUGCAUAGAGAUAUUAUGGAUAUGCAUGUAGAAUUAAUAAGACAAUUUCAUAUUCAACAGAGCAGCAUUGAAGAGAUGUUUAAAAGUUAUUGUGGUGAUGUGGAAGCAUUGAGAGAAGAAGUUAAACAAUUAAUUGAAAGAAUUUUGAGCGGAAAUCGCAAUCAAGAUCAAGUUGAAGUAGCAGCAAACAACGACAUUAACACAUUAUUAAACGAUGUUUCUUCUCUCCCACCACCGCCUCCGUACACAUACUUACCUGGUCAAAAAAGUAUUUCGCAACUACCAAAAUAUGAAGAUGAAGAUACUUUGGUUGGGUUGUCUUUUAAAUAUGGUGUUGAGAUUAAAGACAUUAGGAAAGCAAAUUUAUUUUUUGAUGAUAAUAUUUUUGCUCAUAAAUUUCUAAAGAUUCCAAAAUAUAUUGGGCCGUCCUUAUCAGAAAAACCUUCGGUGGAAGAUGGUAUGUAA